AUGGGGAAAGAUCAUUGCCCUUUCAUAGUCAAGCUUGCAGAAGGAGGAUUUAAGAAGGUCUUCCUCUUAGGAACAAACUCUGGUAAAGAAGUCAUAGCACGGAUUCCUACUCCCAUUGCUGGUCCUCCCCAUUACACCACCGCCAGCGAGAUUGCUACGAUGGCCUUCUUGCGAGAUAUUCUAGAAGCUCCGAUCCCAAAGGUCUUGGUGUCCUCGACAGAUUCGACUAAUCCAGUUGGCGCAGAGUGCAUCAUUAUGGAACGGAUAGAAGGGUUCUGGCACGGCGGUCGAAGUGAAACUAAGAUUGACCGUGGUCCCUGGCUCUCGCCCAAAGAUUGCUUUACAUCCGCUGCUCGCCGAGAGACCGCCUGCAUAUUGCAACAUGCAAAACCCCGGCCUCGAAGUACAUUUCUUCACCCUACCACUUCAGAUAUCGAACCGUCGGAAUAUACCUCACUCCUCUCGAAAUUCCUGAAACUUGCCCCUUCGUUGAUACCAACAAACCCAGACCAUACUUCUCCCAUUCUGCGACAUCCGGACUUGAAUCUGAACAACAUCUUGAUAGCGCCCAAUUCCGCAAAGAUUGCUAGACAGAUUAAAGCAAAAGCUGAAUUUCGCUCCGAGGAAGCAAAUCUCUACUACACAGCAGCUACUGGGUUGUAUAAUGAUAUCCACUGGAGCGCCUUGAAGAUCCCGCACCUUGGCAUGCGACACUAUCUGUAUCAACAAACAGGGUACCCUUGGGAUGGAGAUGUCAUUAACAUUCGUGCUGCUCUUGUUGGUAUUGACCCUGAAGGUGGUACAGAACCUGCGAACUUUGACUGGGCGUCUUGGAGGAACUUGGAAUAUAGAUUAGAGAUGCUACGGCAGGCCGAAGAGGAUGAGCGUGAUAUCUGCUGGCGGAACUGGCCCUUCAAGGACGAUACGGACAUCUCUUCUCCGCCAAGGGAUUCGCUGGUGGUCACCCACCCAACUACUAACCUCCCGGCGUGUGGCUUGAGUACGGCUGAGCGGACGGGAAGCCCUAUUUUCCACACCCUGUGGUCAACAAAGGCCCUGCGUGACAAAUUGAGCUUUAUCCGCGUAUUUAUCUCCCAAUUACUUAACAAAAAUGUUACUUCGACUCCCAACCCACCGAAUCGACCAUGCCAAUCAUUGAUGGGGCUGGAGAUGCAGGAACAUUGUCAGAACGAUGCUGAUUCCUCAGAAGAGACAAUCACCGUUGUCAUUGACCAGCAUAUUAUCGAACAAGAGUCCGUUAGUAACAUGAAAAUUGUGCACUUGAAGCAGCCACCAAACUGUAUUGCAAUGGGCUACUCCGGAUACAUCUGCAAAGCCGACCAAAAUACCAUCAUUAAACAUCCAAGGUACCUUCCCGAUAACGAGCCUUACAAUCAAAUUUACCGCGAUAUGAUCAGCACAGAGAGGCAGAUCUACGAGUGCCUGGGAAGUCAUAAAGGGAUUAUUCCCUACUUAGGUGUUCACGACCACUCUACGGGCGCGAUAAAACUCGCAUGCGCACAACAAGGCGAUCUUGAAAACUAUAUUCAAAACCACGAUAAGCCUUCUGAAGCAAUCCGGGCUUCAUGGAUUGAAACAAUUGUCGAGACAUUCUGGUAUAUCUAUUCUCGCAAGGUUCUCCACCAGGACGUCAAGCCCAACAACAUACUUGUUCAUGAUGAAAGCCCAAAGGUCGCUGACUUUGGUAAUGCUGAAAUAUUUGCGUUGUAUGCUAAUAUGGAGGCUAUUUACAUGAAAGAUCCCUUUUCGCGGGUCGACAUACUCGGCAUUGGAUGCAUCAUUUAUUCAAUAGCAGCAUGGCGAUCGCUGGCCGGAUUCGGGAGAUCUCCCUGUGAUAAGUGGAUUGCUUUGUGA